CCAACAUGCACCCGGCGAUCGCGGCACAUGCUCAAGGCGGGGAGGGGAGCCCGGCUGUUCCCCAGGCGCUGCCAGCCAGGGACUUCCCUCUUGCGGUACCGGAGACACCAACGCGAAAAUGGCUGCGAAGGGCUCCCAUUCGUACCUGAAGCUGGAGGGGGAGAUCGAGAGGUGCCGGGCGGAGUGUCAGUGGGACAAGCUGCCCGAGCUGGUGAGGCAGCUGCUGCUGCCCGCGGCCAGCCCCCCGCGGAAAGGGGCCGGGGACGCGCAGGACUCCGUGGACUAUGGGAAUCUGCUGCUCGCAGAGGCCCUUCUGGAGCAGUGUUUAAAGGAAAACCUUGCCAAAAUAAAGGACUCCAUUCCAUUAAUGGAAAAGAAUGAGCCAAAAAUGAGUAAAGCCAAAAAGUAUUUGACCGGUAUUCUAAACAGAGGAAAAUUACUACCUAAAUAUAUGACUGAAGCAGUGUUGAUCCUUGGGAAGCUCCAUUAUGUGGAGGGAUCCUACAGGGAUGCAGUCAGCAUGUAUGCCAGAACAAGAAUUGAUGACAUCUCCAUAGAAAAUGAACCUUUGUACCUUCUGCGCCUGGUGACUGAAGCAUUUGUUAUCAAAGGUCUGUCACUGGAGCGGUCGCCCAAUUCGAUUGCCUCGCGUGCUCGGCUGUCCGAAAGGGAAGAGGAGGUCGUGGCUUGUUUCGAGAGAGCAUGUGUCAUUGCACAAGUGUACUUGCAGGAACUUGAGAAGACCUUGCAUUCAAGAAGCAUAAAAGGCAGCACUGUGACUUUCUCUGACUUUGAACUUCCCUAUUUCCUGGAAGCAGCUCUACAGAGUGCAUAUGUGUCUCACUUGAAGAAGGGAAACAUCGUGAAAGGAAUGAGGGACCUGCGAGAAGUAUUACGGACUGUGGAAACAAAAGCUACUCAGAGCUUCAAAAUGACAGCAGCCAAACAGCUAGCCGAAGUGCUCCUCCACUCCUUGAGUGAAGACUGUUACUGGAGCCCCUUAUCUGAUCCUCUGCCUGAGUUCAUGAACAAGGAAGAUAACUCUUACGUUAACAGUCUUCUUCGGCGGAGACCCCAGCUAUACACAGGAGACAACCUGUACUGCCCUCAAGACAACAUAGAAGAGGCUCUUCUCCUCCUCUUAAUCAGUGAAUCUAUGGCGAACAGAGAUGCAGUAAUUAGCCGUGCCCCUGACCAGAAGGAUGAUCGAGCUGUCAGCCUCCAGGAUGCUUCUGCAGUGUAUGACCUUCUGAGUAUCACGCUGGGCAGAAGAGGGCAGUAUGUCAUGCUUUCUGAGUGUCUGGAGCGAGCAAUGAAGUUUGCAUUUGGUGAAUUCCAUCUCUGGUACCAGCUGGCCCUUUCCAUGGUGGCUUGCGGGAAGUCGGCAUAUGCUGUGUCAGUGCUCAGAGAGUGUGCUAAGUUGCGUCCUGCAGAUCCCAUGGUUCCUCUUCUGGCUGCUAAGGUCUGCAUUGGGCCACUGCACUGGCUGGAGGAAGGGGAACGUUUUGCCAAGAUGGUGAUAGACCUAGGAGAGGAUGCUGGAGAGUUCCUAGCUAAGGGGUAUCUUGCCUUGGGUCUGACAUACAGUCUUCAAGCUACUGAUGCUACCCUGAAAUGCUCUCAAGACAAAUUGCACAAGAAAGCCCUUCAAACUUUGGAGAGAGCACAUCAGUUGGCCCCUGAAGACCACCAAAUCAUCCUCUACGUCUCGUUGCAGCUGGCUCUUGUCAGACAGAUUUCUGAUGCUAUAGAACACCUUCAGGAAGCACUGAAACUGUGCAAAGAUGAUAUGAAUUCACUUCAUCUACUGGCUCUCCUUUUUUCAGCCCAAAAGCACUAUCAACAUGCACUCGAUGUCAUCAACAUGGCUCUCGCUGAGUACCCAGAGAGCUUUAGCUUACUCUUCACCAAAGUAAAGCUAGAACGGGUGCAUAAAGGACCUGAAGAAGCUCUGGUGACCUGUAGACACAUGUUGCGUAUGUGGCAGAUGGUUUAUAACUUUUCACAGCACAGUGGCUCUGAGAAAGAAAGCAGUGUGACUGAAGUGCCAAUGAUCAAAAAGCACAAUGGGAUGCAUCUUUCUCUCCCUGAUGCUCACGAUACUGACUCUGGCUCACAGCGCGCCUCUUCUGUUGCUGCUUCACGACUGGAACAGGCCCUGUCUGAAGUAACUGUGCAGAAUACUGCCCUGAGGCAAGGACCCAUGCAACUCUGGACAACUCUGGAACAAAUCUGGCUCCAAGCUGCUGAACUCUUCAUGGAACAAUGGCAUCUCGAAGAAGCAGGCUUUUGUAUCCAGGAGGCAGCUAGUCUUUUCCCCACAUCUCACACUGUGCUGUACAUGCGUGGGAGACUUGCAGAGAUGAAAGGCAGUUCGGAGGAGGCUAAGCAAUUGUAUGAUGAGGCACUUACAGUGAAUCCAGCUGGAGUGGAAAUUAUGCACAGCCUGGGCCCCAUACUGAGCAGGCUCGGGCGGAGAAGCCUGGCUCAGAAGGUUCUGAGAGAUGCAGUCCAGAUACAGAGCACCAAUCACCAAGCCUGGAACAGCCUAGGAGAAGUAUUGCAAGCUCAAGGAAAAAACGAAGCUGCUGUGGAAUGCUUCCUAACAGCUCUGGACCUUGAAUCCAGUAGUCCUGUUGUCCCCUUCACUGUCAUACCGAGAGAACUAUAAAGCUCUUCCUUUCAGCUCAGCACAGCCCUCCGCUGGGUGGAUGUCAAGAAAUAUACACAGAAGAAACUCUGGGUUAGACAGAAAAAUACAACUGUAACUUGAUGAUUGGUGAAAUAAUUCCAGAAUGGGACUCUGAUCUAUGUGUUUAACUGAGGAAAAACCCAACCUUAGAACCAGUGACAGGGCAUAGAGAGGACAAUUUCUUCUGGCUUCCUAGAUGUCUGCUCUGACUCCUGUUGAAGUCAGUGGAAAGACUCCUGUUGAUUUCAGCAGGAGAUGGCUCGGGCCCUAGAUGCCUAAACUGACUGUAGUGUAGAUGCUGCUAGAGUGGAGCUGUAAGAAGCACUUGUGUUGAAAACAAAUUUUGUGCACCUUUCAACUUUUCUUGACAAAGACUUCAUUUAAAAACAACCAUGAGGUAAAUUCAAACCUAGGGUAAGCAUGUGCAACUCUGUUAAAGUAAGUGAAGUUGCCCAACUUACACCAGAGCCAAAUUUGGCCAGAUAUAUAUGUGCACACAGACACAUUAGUAGGUGAGGAAUGAUGGCGAAAUAAUAGAUGUCUCUCUUAAAUACACUUUUUACAAAAAUCUUUUGAAAGACCUGUUAAUUCUUGUCUUCACCCUGCAGUGCCAUACUGCACACACAGUCAAUACUUACAGUAGCUUUUGACUGGACUGAUCUAAUUUAAAAGACACUUUUCAAUGGGCUGCUGUGGUGGCGUGAACCACGGAAGUGGAAAAGCCAAAGACCUGAUCGGUUCAAAUUUUGACUAGUAUUAAAAAUAUUAUUUUCUUUCAAAUUAAGUAUUUAUUGCAAGGCACUUCAUCAGGCCAGCUAGUGUAAACUGUCUGAGCAUCAUUCUUAGUAAUUACAUACUCCAGCAGCUUUUAUAGGAAGCGUAUUGUUGAUUUCAGGCAAUGUAUUAUAUUUGUAGCCUGUGCUUUACUUUUACUAUUGUUCUUGACAGAGCUUUUUCCUACUCAUCUAUAAAACAUAGUGACUGCAUAGAUGAUAAACAUGUUUAAUUGUUGGAAGCAGUAUGUGUAUAUAUACACAUUACCUUUAUUUUCACUGCAGUUUUUGAUCAGCCAUGGCUUCAAAAGAAAUUGUCAUCAGUAAUACUGGGCCAGAUCCUUCAGUAUAUUAGGACCACUUUGUGCCUCAUCACCACUGUAAUCUGGCCCUGACGCUGUCUUGCCUGGCCAGAGAGUAUCAGAGUGAUCUUCUGGUGGUAUAGAGCCAUCCUCCCUUCCGCUGGUACAAUAGGGAAAGUGUGUGUGGCUGACAUACCCCUAUGCUAAACUGACCUUUGGCUGUGUUUUCAGCCCUGUAUGGCCAUUGCAGCAAGUUAGUGCAGCCCUGAGUCUGCUCUAACAUGACACAAUGAAACACAAACACACAUCCUGUCGUGUAUCAUGUGCGCUUUGGCUGUUCAUAGUUGAUAAUCUGGUCCAUUAUUUCCAAGUAUUUUUAAAUGGUUUUGCACUGAAGUAUUCUUUAUACUAUAGCUCCACCAUUUAUUUGACUAGUUUACUCCAGAAAUAAUAUCUUCAUGCUAUAUAAAUAUAGAGAGUUUAUUUGUAAAGACCCUCAAGGUUCUUCAGUUGACUUGCUGUCUGAAUUUGUUUGCAAUGAUUCAGAAAUUUAAAGACUACUUGAAUUGUUAAUUCUGGUAUCUCCCUUUUACAGUAAAUACAGGACACGCUGCUGAUGUGGAACAGGACUGGGGUUCUCUCCCCCCCUUGCCCCCUGUGCUCUUUUUCCUUCUAGGGUACUCUUCAAGGCUUCAGUGCCAAGGAGGAGUUAGAUUUCAAUGAUUUUUCUUUAUCAGCAUUUUACUGAGCUCUUAAACUGAUUUUUAUCAUGUUGGUGUGACAAUCCAGAUUAUUGUCCAUUCACCUAAACACAUGCAGUGAAACCGGUAUGUCCAUGGAAAAGGUCUUCAGCUUGAGAAGUCAUUGUGUGAUCGCAAAGAGGUAUGAGUGACUUAGAUGAGACUUGUCAGGCCGGAGACUGGCUUCCAGGGAUAUGCUACGUUUCCCAGCAACUUUGCAUGUUUGCAGUGACACCAUCAGCGGAGGAAGUGGAGUGUGAAGGCUUUAAAACAGUAGAAUGCAAUGAGUUGCAGGAGCAGAUGGAGUUGAACCUGUCUUCCUACAGGAGGCUAUAAAUAAAGCCAACCUGCUCAACAGGUUGGCUGGGGGUAAAGGUUGUUGUUCCAUCAGUAAGGUGUUAUCUAGGUACUUUGAACCCAAUUCUGCCCUCAUAUACCCAGGUCCAGAUCCUCAGCUACAGUAAAUAAACACAGGUUGUCAUUCAUUGACUUCCACAGGGCUAUGCUGAUUUACACCAGCUGAGGAUUUGGCCCAAUUCCCACUCACCUCAGUGGGAGCAAGCCCUUUGUAUGGGCCAGAAAAAGGAAUCGGUGCGUUCCAUCAUCCACGUUUUCUUGCUGUACUUCAGUCUAUGAAGCACUGCGGCAGCAAUUCAGAUACAAAGGGAAAUCAUUUCAAGCAGCUACUAAUGACUCUCUGACUCCUGUAAUUCCACCGCGACUGCUGUAAGAAGUGGCAUAUGACUCUCAUCCUGUUAGUGAGCUGGUGAGAGGAUGGGGGGGGGCCUUCCCUAAUAUAAAAUGAGGAGCACAGAUUUCCAUAUUUUUACCCAUCCCCACCUGCACCAUUGUCUGCAUUACUUGCUUGUAUCAUAGUUAUUAAAAAAAAUGAUUGCCUUCAGUGAGCUAGAGCUUCAUGUUUGGGAAUAUUAGCGUUCUCACAGAGUUCAGGCUGCUUGAGGUAGGUGAAACUGUAUGAAAGGCCGUGUACAUGUCAGCGAGUCCAGUAAGCCCAAUCUACUACUAGGAAGUAUGCUGUAUAUGUUAAUGCAAGUCAACUGCCAGCAACAAUUGUACCAAAAGGUCUCUGCUCCACUUGCUGUGUAGUAAGGGCCUGGCUACACAAGACACUUCAAAGCACUCCCGCGGCAGCACUUUGAAGUGCGAGUGUGGUCCUGCGCGAGCGCUGGGAGAGAGAGAGCUGUCCCAGCGCUCCUGGUAAGCCACCUCCACGAGGGGAUUAGCUCCAAGCGCUGGGAGCUCGGCUCAGAGCCGGUUUCCACUAGCGCUUUGAAGCGCUCUGACUUCCUACGCUCAGGGGGAUGAUUUUUUCACCACCCCCCCCCCCGAGCCAGCAAGUUAGAGCACUAUAAAAUGUAAGUGUAGCCAAGCCCUGAGAUAUUCCCAUUAAUGUCAAUGGGAAUUACAUGCAUAAAAUCCCCCUGCAGUAGUAGUUCUAGUUCAUGAAUAUUGCCUAAUUCAUGAACUAAACCUGUGUAUGUAAUGAAUUUAGGCCCAAACCUGAGACUUGCUAAGCACUUUAGGAAAGAUACUAAGCACCCAUAACUCCCACUGAUUUCAGUGGGCGUCGUACCCCUCAGGAUCUGCUGGGCACUUUAGGACCUGAGAACUUUCUGCCCUUUGUGUAGAGAGGGUAAUUAUUAUUAUAGGGCUGUGGGCAACCAUCUACUUAAUCUUCUGUUUAUAGUGCUGUCAUUAGUGCUGCUUAAAAAUCUUUCCUGGCUAACAUGCCACCUCUGGUCUUUGUAUUUUUAAGUACAUACUUCAUUGAUCUUUCCAUAUAUAGAAAAUAUAAAUUAACUCCUACCUGCUUGCAAGCCUAACCUUGUUGCUCAUUUUACUCAUUUGAGUAGUCCUGUUGAAGCCAAUGAGACUACUCACCUGAGCAAGUUGAGCAACACUUGUACCUAUAUGAAAGUCAGUGGGAAUAUCAGGGUGCAGAGGACGAGUAAUUUUGGCCCAUAGAACUUGAAAUUUUAGCCCCUAGCUUAUCUGAACAGUUGCAAUCUGUAUUGCUAAUGUGAGUUAGUAUGAAAUCUUGACUCCACUGAAGUCAAUGGGAGCUCUGUUAUUGACUUCAGUGGGGAGCAUUUUUUUCACCCACCACUGUCUUUUGAAAAAUCUCCUCUACGGUAGACUGGGGUUUUUAGAAGUAUGGAUUCCGUAGGAAUUAAUCUAUAUCCAAGCUCCAGUCCUACCACUUCAACUUUAUUUUACCUUGAGUAACCUGGGUGUGUCCAACACGAAGGAAAAUGUUUAGAUCCUUUUUUCUAUGUGUGUGUUGAGCAGUAAAAUAAAAGUAUUUAUAUUUCCCUUAGCUGGCAGUUAGAUUCUUGUAAAAAAAAAAAAAGGUGGGGGGGGAGGGGGAGCUUUAUUUCAUUACACCAGAAUUCCUUCUCUGAGCUCUUCUACGCAGAAAGAGACCAGGAGCCUCAUCCAGAGCUGAUGUAAAUUUUCAUAGCUCCACUGAGGCACUAUGUACAAAUGAGGACACCAGGCGGCAGAUCCUCAGCUGAUGUCAACUGUCGGAGACUACAGAGAGCUCCAGCAGCAGGGCAUCCGUACCCUGCAUGGUACAAGAAUCCCAUUCUGUUUCUGUUGGUAACAGCAACUCAGAACACUGAUUAUUGCAAUAUUUCAGAAGCACUAUUUGUCUUUUCUUGAUAAUAACUAAUAAAUCCAAAUAGAGAACAGUUCUAUGGGGUUUUUACUUGAAAAUCCUCUAACUGGGUAGUAGAAUGGGAACAGCAGUGACUGCUGUGGUUCAGGUGGUUUCCUUUAUAAAGCCCUAUUUUCGGACAGUCCUGGUCAUUUUUUUUUUUUUAGUGAUGGGAGCUGCCUAGAAAUCGAGAUUUUCUUUCUCACGUACCUGCUGCUUUCUCCACCAAAAUGCUCCCCUAGUGAAGAGGCAUGUGCUACAUUGUAUCUAAAGUUAUUGGAAAGACCCUCUGGUAUAUUGUGUUAUUUGCAAAUUGGUAUGUGAUGAUGCAAUUCAAGACUGGCUUGUAAUUUGCACACAAAAGGAGGCAAUGUUAAGGUUGUACAUUCACCCUUAACUUUGUCACUUCCUAACUUUUGAGUGCGUCACUGUAAACGUGAAAAUUCUGUUAAUGUCGGGUUCUUGGAAUAUUUUUUCACUUAAUGUGAAAAUGAUUGUUAAAUUACAAGAUGCGUUCACCAGAUGAAUAAAUAGAUCCUGUGGAAAAAGAA